AUGAUGCGUAACAUCUUUGUCCGAUGCUACAACCUGUGCCGGUGUGAGACAGAGCCUGAACUCUCCGACGCCUGGGCUAUCAGGCACCUGCAGUUCAGUCCACGUCUGUACGACAUCAAACUGUUCCAACGUUUGGAGACGGUUGCGUACUUCCAGGAGACAGACAUGUUUGUGCUGGUGGAGGGGGAGGCCGCACGAUGCUGCAACUUUCACACAGGUAUGGACGUGAACCUGUCGGUGUCUGGCCUGGCCCCCUUGUCGUCUGUUCUUUCCCGCGCUGCGUGUGCUGUGACAGAGGCCGACAUCUUGUCUCUGCUGCUCGCUCACUGGAAACAUUCGCACAACCUUGCCAGGCAGUUCAUCAGACACGGGCUCAAGCAAGACAUCUUUUCCUGAGGAAGGCCCACACGUCAUAAAUGUAGUUUCUUCACACCGUCAUAGUCAUACCCAGAACGUCCAAACGUCAUAAUAAUAGAUUUAAACAAUUUCUUCACACCGUCAUAUCCAUACCAGAACGUUCAAACGUCAUAAUAAUAGAAGUAACUCUAUCCGUACGUCGUGUUUUACUAUCAUAUCCAUACGACGUGGGGAACUCUGUGCCACCACUUUC